AUGAGCGGCCACGGCGGGAUGUCCCCGCGGGGCGGGCUCACCCGCAUCCUCGUAGCCUCCCCCGAUGCCCCCGAAGCCGACGCGGGCCCCGCGUCCGUCGUCGAGAGGGCGCCCCUCAGCGCGGAGGACAUCGAGCGCAUCGCCCCCAACGCGGUGGGCACGGCGGGCGCGCUUAGGGUCGCGACGCCGCCGACGGACGACGCGGAGGGCGACGGGAUGGCCGCCCUGACGGCGAGGACCGCGCUUCAACGCAUCCUCGAGGCGUUCGCGGGCGCCGCGCCGACCGGCGGCGCGCGCACCGUCUCCGAACGCGACCGCGCGCUGAGGUCGCUCGAAUCUCUGCUCGCCGCGAGGGCUGAGCGCGCGAGGAACAGGGGCGACGGCGGCGCGACCGACGCCGCGACGACCGACCUCCGCAGGCUCGAGAGGCUCCUCGAGAUGAACCGCGAGCUCGACGCCAUCACCGGCGACGGCGACGCCCCGGGCGGAGGAUCCGGCGGAGACGACGUCGAGCGCGGAGCCUCGUGGAACGACGCGGAGAUCUCCGUCGACGGCGGCGGCGGCGGCGCGAACAACAACAACGCCGACCGGUCCCUCGGCGUGGACCUCCAGGUCGCCGCGCGAUGGCUCGAGCAGACCGUGCCUGUCGGCGUCAUCCUACUCGCGGUGUACUCCUUUCGAAACGCGCGAGCCAUCCUCGCGUUCGUCUGGUGCUUCGCCGUGUGCGUUCGACUCAACGACGCCGUCAAGGCGCAAGUCGCGCAACGGUCCGAGCGUAAACCGCGCGACGCCGCGUACGUGCUGUGCGUCGUCGCCAUGACGGUGACGUGCGCGUACGCGGUGUUGCCGGACGACGGGUUCUGGGACAGGGUAGCCUUCAAGCCGCUUGAUACGCCGAUGCCGUUUACCGUCUCGGUUUGGCAGUGCGCCGCGGCGGAUGCGAUGGCGCGGUUCGCAUCCAUAUCGGCCAAGGCGGUCGCGCUCCUGGCGUCGCACGUGCACGUGGGCGGGUUUGGCGCGUUCGGGACUUACAUUUGGGGGGGUGGGACGGGGGGCGGCGUCGCCGGACGGGGAGGCGGCGGGAAGGAGAGGAGAAACAGGGGAGGGGGUGAGGCGAUGGACCGGUCGACGGCUCGCGACGAGUCGGCGACUGCGGUUGGGACUACGGGAGCCGGGGGGGGCGGGGACUUGACGCACCGCGCCACGCACGGGGGAACCGGGGAGGCGACCGCGGGCGCGUCGGCCGCUGCGCCCGGGCGGGUACCCGUGGACGCCCGCGGGGGACGCUCGGCGCACCGCAGGCUCACGGCGCGGCUGUCCCUGCUGGAACACGCGUCGCUGCUGCACAGGACGGCGCUCCCGAUUCCCGUGUGGUUUGCGUUUUUCAGGGACGAGGAGGAGUUGGGCAAGGGCGCCGCGUGCUUAGCCGCGGGAGCGUACCUCGCCGUGAAGCUCAGGACGGUGCUCGAGCGGGUUCACGGCGUCAGGACCGUGGCGAGGCAGUGCUGGAACGCGGAGGGCGCGGCGUACGGAGUCCCCGCGUCUCCCGAGGACGUGGCGGAGAGCGGCGACUGCUGCGCCAUCUGCCAGGAGAGGUACGACAGGCCGGUGCGGCUGGGGUGCCGGCACGUGUUCUGCGAGGAGUGCGUCGGGGAAUGGUUCGAGCGCGAGCGGACGUGUCCGCUGUGUAGGGCGACGGUGGCGAGCGCCGGGGCGAGAUCGUACGGCGACGGAGGGACGGUGAUGUACGCACACAUCUUCUGA